GCCUCCGUUUCUUUCAUAGUUUGUUCAGAAACGCACAGCUGCUGGACACGCGUUACCGCUGUUGAGCAGAGCGCGAAGGCACGCUGGAGAUGCGCGCAUCUUCUUCUUCUUCGUCUUCUUGUUGUUCUUUUUCUUCUUCUUUUUGAACCCAGGAUUUGAAAGGCUAUCGGGGUCCUUCCCCUUUAUUUUGAUGCUGCAGUAUGAGCGCUGAGUGCAGCAGCUACUACAGCGCAGAUGGGGUGUUUGUGGACGGCUUCUCCUGCCCCAGACUGGGAAACGCUGCUGCUGCUGUCUACUGCUGCGGGUUUAAUGAUGUGAAGUACUGCUGUGACGACCCCAACAGCUUUUUCCCCUAUGAGUAUGGAUACAUGUGGUGGUUGAGGUAAGGGAUUUUUCCGUUUUGACUUAUGCACAAGAUGUAAGAUUCAGUUGCAGCUUUUGUUAUAUUUAAAAAACAAAAAACAGUCUAUCUGUAGCAGCAGUGGAUUCACUUCACUAUUAAAUGAAUCUCUCUCAAUUCUCUCUGACAGAUAAUCUUGCAAAAAAAUGAUUAUUUUUGUUGCAUUACUACCUCCUUUCACUUAUCCUCAGUUGGAGAAAUAAUCUUGCAUUAAUUGCAGUCCAACUUCUUGUAUUUUUAUAGUCUACUUAUUUUAUGGAUGUAUGAAUUUUAUUUUCUGUUUACCCAGCAUACCCCACAGAUAAGCUAAGUUUAGUAAAUUCAAGUACAAUACUUAACUUUGUAUUAUGUGCAUGAACACUUCUCAUUCCUCCCAUGCUGUCAUCCUUUCUCCUCCCCUCCCAUUUACUCCUCUCCUCUCAGCAUUGGUGCUCUGGUAGGUCUGUCCAUUGCAGCCGUGGUCCUUCUCGCCUUCCUCAUCACUGUGUGUGUCCUCUGCUACCUCUUCAUAGCCACAAAACCCAGUCGUCUUGACAACGGCCUGCCCCUCAGGGCGCCUGGUAAGUGUGCAUACCGGUUCUCUGCACUUUAACAAAAGAAGUGUCUGAUUUGACAUGGCAAACAUUCAUUUUCGAAGUUUUCCAGUUUUCCAGUUUUCAGGUUUAAAAUUGCCUGCUAUUUGUUGGUCUUUGGGUGUUUUCAGAAAGUGAUCCCAGUGAAGGAACUACUCAUGUCAGAGCGGCUUGCGCCUCUGGUCCACAUGGCUUCAGAAAACACUUCAUGAGCCGGAAAUUGGACUGCGAUAAUCAGCCCCCAGACCCUGAUCUCCUGUUCCAAAGGUGUUUCACAGCUAAUGUCACUGGUGUGAAAGUAGAGAGCUCCUCAUAGGCCAUUGAAGAUUUCCUUUGACCAGAAGUCAAGAAAUUCAGAGACCCAGGAGGAGGCAGACUUUACUGCUGAGAGUCCCCUCUGUGAUGCUGGACACUGAUCUCUGUGGUGUGCAGCGGAGGUAUGGUGGAUUAAAAAACAACAAAAAAAAAAAAAAACAUCAACCUUCAGACCAAGCUGAGCAAGCACACCAUGAGCUCUGAAAAACCUUGGACAAUUUCCUCAAGCAUUUCAUUUCUCUCCUCAUCAAGCCGCCGAGGGGGACGUUUCAUCAGCAUGUGGCGAUGAAAGAGAGCGUGAAAGGAACUUAAUUUUCCUCCAUCGUCGUUGCUGGUUGUAAUUGGCGUUAAAGAAAUCCAAAGACUUACUAUGAAUUGAAUCGUUGACACACAUGCUGGAGCUACACAAAAGAGGAUAAAGGCAGAGUUUUGAAGUCCUGUUUACAUUUCAGGUGUACAGUUUCAUGUGCAUCCUGCUUUUGCUUAGCAGAAAAAUGAGCCUGACACAUCAAGACAGCAGCAGAGCCUGGACAGUGAGGCUGUAAAGUCAUGGUGUAGUGGAUUUGUAUGUCUGCUACAUUUUUCUCAGGGACUGAAACACUGACACCUUUGUUAUUUAUUUCAAAAUGCUUAAAAACAACCCGUGUGUACACCGUCCUCCUUUUGUUAUGCAAGUGUUGAUUUACUAUUUGGGGCUAAAACCAUAUGUUUCUGUCUUAUACGCAUAACAAACAGAGCUUUUGUCUUGUAUUAAUGGCCAUGAUGUUUUCUAAAGAUUAGUCAAAUUUAGUCUGAAGCAUUUCAAGGAGCUGAUGUUUUUGUGCAAGUUGAUUUUUGAGUAUUUUACCUCCAGUAGAUAGCAGGAAGGAUGAAGAGAAAACAGACCUCAGAUAGAAUUAAUUGGAACAUCUCAUGGAGGAAAUUUGCCUUAAUCACAAGUAAACAGGGUGAAUCAUUCAGAGCAAAUGAUCAAGAUAAUGAUUUAGGAUUACUUAUAAUGUCAGUGCUAAGAUGCCAAAUCACUGUGGAUGGAGUACAUGUGGAUUCAUUUAAGUGUCUUAUUUUUGCAACUAAAAAACAAGAUCCAGACAGUCACAUGAUAUUGUCUUCGUGAGCUUAAAAGAGAAGACAACACAAGCACCCUAACAGCUGUUUCCUUGUCCUCUUUUGGACAGACUCUCUGCGAAGCACACAUUUUUACAUCUACAAAUGUGCUUCAUGAUUUAGUCAUUUUAUCACCUUUUCAACCUAUUCAUUGCUCCACAGAGAACUGUAUGUAUCUGCAAAAAUCUGUUGGAAUAACAGGACAUCGGACUGGGCACUGGUUAGAUUUGAGAAGCAGUGAAGUCCACAGACUUUGAGAAUGUAAAAUUUGCUAAACUUUCUGUCUAGUCACUCAGUUAGGUUUGAUUUAUGGCUCUCUUAAGCCAUUUUGACAUGAAGAGUCCUCUGCAGCGCCAUAACAAAUUUACCAUCACUAUGUUUUUGUGCUUUCCUAUUGGACCACACAGCGCUUUAACAUUGAUGUCACAGUGUUACAAUUUAACUCAAGCACAUGGGCUUGAGUGCAAAGGCAUAAACAAAGUCAGUCAGUGUGUUUAUAUGUUGUUAAAAAAUAUAUAUUGCCUUAGUCUGACUGAAACUGGACUUUAAAAAGGGAAAACACGUUACUUUGACUGAUAUCCCUCUAAAGGCUCAUUUAUGCUCGCCAUAUUAUGAAAAUGUACGCAUCUGUUUCAAACGAUGGUUCCAUCACUGGCCACAUACUUCCAUGUGUCUUUUACAUUGGCAUGUAUGUGAACCAUUACAUCCACAAGGGGGCAGGCCGAAGUCAAAAGUUUCUAACAACAAACAAAAAAAACCCCAUGACUGUGGAAGAGCUAGUGAUAAUGUAUAUUUUGCAUAGGAGACAGAAGUAGUGGCAGCACUGAAGGAGGCGUUGGUUGGUCAAACUACUAAAAGAGCAAUUGGAGGACGGAGAAUUCUUUUCUCUGUACUGAUGAGCAAAAUUGACGAAAAAGCCCAGCCGUUGUCUUCUUCGAACAUCUCCAGAAAUGCAUAUUGGGUAGUGACAGCAGCAACACUGCCCCAUGGUUUUCCAGUGGUCCUGCUCCGUCUGACUCAUACCUGUAAACUUCAAGGAUACGUGCAGAAAUACAGAGGAAAAGAACGUGAAGCACGGACGGAGACCUCUGUCUGUAUCCGGAUGUAACGUUGAGUAUAAAUGGGCCUUAAAUCAAACCUCUUGCUAUCGGAUUUUACCUACUGUUUUGGUGAAUAAUAUGUCAACUGGGACAUGACCUGAUAGUAACAAGCUGAAAGGGGGCAUGCUGCCACAGAGGCGGACAUGCUUCUGAUGAUAAGCUGACUCUCUCCCAGUGCUCGUAGACUGGGAUGAGGGGAAUCAUUCAGCCGAGUAACCUGAUGAAGCUGUGACUGUAGCUCGACUAUACUGUGCAUGUAAACUCACUGAAUGUUUUCUCUGACAUCAGACUUAGCUAUGACUGACUUGUCGAUUGGAUUUUACACUUUGUACAUCAUUUGCUCUCCUUUGACAUCAGUAUAUCUGCAGGGAGUAUGGGUAAUGGAACCAGAAGUAAAGAAAUACUGAGGCUUAAGUACAGAAACUCUAAUCGUAGUUUAACAAACUCUUUCAUCAGGAAAUUGAACAACACUAACAGAAACGAACAAAAUCUAUUGCUAAGGGAACUUGGGAGGUCCAAAAACUUCUUCAAGAGGCACAAUAUUUACUGACAAAUUUUGGGAGAAUUCUCCUCAUCUCACAGGUCUGGACUGAAUUGACAUAUCAGAGCUUACAACCUCAUCUGUAUGCAACCAGCAACAGUAGGAGGCUAGUGCCUCAUGUCUGUCUGACACAUGCUGUAGUUAAGGGGGAGCUUUUUAAUUUAUUCAGAAAGAACUGAGACAAAUCACAACCUUGAAAAAGCUCCUUGUCCAUUUAGUGUCGGAGUGCAGAUCACCAUUUCUUGUAUAUUGAUUAUGAUGGAAACAAAGCUGCCAAGUCAAUUUUUUCUAUAUUUCAUGACUGUUACGCUUGAUAAACUAGAGUGACAUCUAACUGAUGCACAGUAAAUGAUUUUUAGUAAAGCUGUAAUUUUCAGCUCAGGUUACAACCAGAGGUACAACAUGAUGUUGUACUGAGCCCCAGAGGUAAGAAAGGUAAACAAGCAGCACAUGUUUGGUUAGCCUCUGUUGCUGCCUUUGAUCCCACAACAUGGACAGGCAUUGGGGUUCAGUCUUGAACAGAUUGAAAAAAGGGGCUUUAAAGAACCUGAAUUACAGCCUACUGUACAAGCCAUUAGUAAUAGUGGACACCACUCACCUGCCGAUAGCCAAAUGAAUGUUAAGCAUGAAUCAGAUGUGACUUCAGUGCUCCAUCUGAAAUUAUGCUAUGCAUCAACAAAUCUUAGACAGGUCCAGGGGCCUAUUCUACGAAGCAGGAUUACUGCUUAGCGAGGUUACUUCCAGGGUAAGUUCAGGGUUUCCUGUUCCACAACGCGGGUUCACUUCUUAGUGAGGCGAGUCUCCAUGGCGACAUACGCUGAACGGCUAACCUGCUCCGGGGCAGGUUAGGCUCCAGAUUGAACUCACAGAGUAUAAAAACCCCGCCCACUGACCAUUAAGCUCUCCCGAAAAAUGGGUUAUCCGUUCUUGGAGGAUCCUAUAGACCUCGGUGCUUGCAUUGUCCGAGGAGCACUCCGGCGCGUGGGAGUUUUCAGGGACUGCACGGACCCACUAACUUUUCUUGAUAACCACCUUUAUGAAAGGCUCCUAUGGCCGACAUAUCACACAAAAAUGUGCACAGGAUAGGAAUGAACAGAUGAAUGAAUUCAUCUUGGAAAGGAAUUAGACGUGUGGUGCAUGUUAAAAGCACAUGUUGAACAGUGCUAUUUCAGGGUGAUAAUGGCAUCAAAGAAUUUUUGCGCACUAUACUUACGCAUUGAGACUGUCUGCAAUUUUCUGCCAGCACUCCCUCCGUGCUUUUGCAGUGGCGACGGUGUUGCUUUUGAGGUUUAUGAUAGAUUUGAAUUCUUCAUACUUUCUCAUGAUCGUCUCCUGCUCCUCGUUUGUAAAGUACACGGUCCUUCGCUCUCCGGCCUGCUCUGACGCUCCAGACUGGUCCAUGUUCACGAUGGGUCAGAUGCAGCGGGCUCCGCCUUAGAUGCUAGCACGCACUCAUAGCAAAGUUGGAUCCACUUACAAGGUUGAUAACCAGCAUCGUAAGACCGUUAAGCGAGACCGCUGGCUACCGCGCUAAGUUGAGCGAGGUAGCUCCAAGGCUACCUCGCUAGGCUGAACUUGCUUCAUAGAAUAGGCCCCAGCGCUGUAAUUAUACAAACAGGCAAACAAAAAAGUUAAACAGCCCUCUUCAGUCCUGUAACGAGAACACCAUUUACCUCACAUUUUAUGGCUUACUGCUGCCCUCAUUUUCAAGUAUUUAAACAGUGUUUGUAAAUCUGGUGUGGUUAUAAAUUAAUCUGCUUCUCAGACUCAGUGUACAUGCAUCAUAGCUGAACUCAAGCAACAAACCUUCACUUUCUUGUGUUGUUUUAAUGCAUGUCUGUUGGUAUGAAUGCCAACCAAACCACAGAUGGGUACAUUCAUAUUUGCUGAUGGGAGGCAAUUCAAAUAUGACCUUUAAGUGUAUGAUGCAAAGGUUACUGAAGAAAAGGGCAGCUAACCCUUUGUUCGUUUAACGUGUUGCAUUGGGGGUUUGGGUAGGUGAAGACAAGUAUGCUGAUAGAGUGUUAAAAUGAACAUCUGCUUCAGAUAAUGCCUUAGCAUAAGGGACCUUUUUAGAUAGGCAUUUCACACACACAUUUGUUGUACUCAGCAAAUGAAAUGGAUUUUUUUCAGGAUAAACAUGCAGCUUUCUGACAUUAUAACCCCAAAUCUAAAAAAGCUGGAAUGUUGUGUAAAAAGCUGUGUAACAAGUUCAUGAAAACAGAAUUGGAUUUAAUUGUUUAAUGAAAAAUAUGGGCUCUUUUCAAAUUUGAAGUCAGAAAUCAUUUUUUUUAAAGUUGGGAAAAGGACAACAAAACACUGAAAAAGAUUGUAAUGCGUAAAAAAAACAUCUAAAACUAUAUUUCUGUCAAAUUAGGUAAAUUUGCAAAUGGGUCAGUAACAUGACAGGGUAUUAAUGUAAUGUAAUGAUAUUUGCAAACACUGUUCAGUCCUGAAUCCACCUGAGCAGGCUAGAUCUGUACCACAGAAAGAGGGAACCAGCAACUCCGCCACUUUUCUUGGCCAAAUGAUGAAAAAUGUAAGAGUUGAUUUUUAGGGCUCUAUUUUCGUGCGCGCCGGUGAGGCGGCGGAGGGCGGCGAGCCCCGCGCAGUUGUAUUUUCGUCUGGCGGAGCCCAGCGUAAGGCCAAUUUGGUAUUUUCGUGGCAUGAGCCGCACGGAGGCGAGCCGAGAUCCGCCAAGCUGGGCGUGGUGGUGUGGCAGGGGGAGGUGUCGACAGAAUCAGCAGGCGCAGUGACAUUUUCGUGCUCGCCAACGGCGUGUAAAGUGCGCUGAAAGCUCGCCGAUUCAAACCUGGUCAGCUUUCAGCGCAAGGCGGAACGCAGCUGGUCUGGUAGUAUUUUGGUAGACCGGCAGCGUAUCGACAUACGUCACUGAUGCCUCACCGGCAGGUUUCCACAGUGUCAGGCACAUUUCAGUGCAAUAAAUAAUCAUCAUCAACUAUUAAUCUGAGUCAGCACAUACAUUUAGAUCUGUAUCGAUAUAUUCUGAUCUAUAUCUGAUCUGAUGAGCGCGUUUGGCACGCGUUUGGACACACAACCUGACCGAAUCAACACAGCUGAAACCGCAUCAAAUUAAAUUAAAUAUCUAUCAAAUAAACACACAUGAUGAAGUUAACAAGAUAUGUAAUUCGUCUCCCUCCUUUUCUUUCUUCCUCUUCCUCUUAUUUCUCGCACAGCUCGACCUGGACACGUCUCCGUGUCCUCUGUCCGUCUUGCUGCUGCUGCGGCUGAACAGAUGAUUUGUUUCAGUGCUCAGAUGCGUUAUCUACUUUAAGCCGACAUACGGAUAUUAUAAUAUUCAGUUUUGUGGGCCAAAUUUAUUUUAUAUGCGAACAUCUAUGAAAGAAAGGGCCAGGCCACGGAGCGCGAUGCGUCAUUUACGCACAGAUGGUUCCGAUUUUAAUGCCAUUUUUGGAGUUUAUGUUGUGAUCUGUGCGCUCAACCCACCUUUGUCACGUGAGGUUUGAAUAUGAGCAACUUUAUGUGAGUGUCUUUAUUUGUGGAAAAGGGCGUUUGUCUUACCAGUGGGUCCAACAUUACGCACACUAAAUCCAUCUGUGCUCAUAUGAGAGAGUGUGGAGGACACUUGUUGAGGAGCUGCCCUCUGUCGCCAUCUUGUGGCAUUACUGUCUUAAGACAUCUCUUGAUCUCUUAGACUACUUCAUGAAAAUAGUAAUACGCCUCGCCGGUGGUGGAUUUAAAGGCAAGGAGAGGAGCCUAUGUGAUUGGUGAAAACAGGUCUCGGCUGUGUUAAACCCCCUAUACGGCCUUUCUCCUCCCAGUCUACGACUUAUGGUGCUGGGAGGAGCUGAGUUAGGGAGGGGGGAUACUUACCCCGGGCUGCGCGGCUCACCAAAAUACCAAAAUGUGCUUGGGAACGCCUUGUCAGCGCGGCGGAUCUGACUGACGCUGCGCUUGCGGCACGUCUCCGGCGAGGCACCAAAAUAGAGCCCGUAGUAUGCAUACCCGUACCAUUCAUGAUGGUAUGGGUAUGCAUUAGGGCUUAUGAUGAGGCUAGUUAACAUUUUGGGAAGGCUCUGACAAUGCUACAUGAGAGGUUUUGGAGUGACAUGUGAGACCAUACAGAUAAUACCUUACCUAAGAUAUUUCCCAAAAUCAAAUUUUACAUGUAUUACAAUUGUUGAGCAGCUGAAAUCCUGUAUAAGACAACAUGUCACUCUCUAAACUCUAGAAACCAUCUCCUCAGUCUCCUCAAUGACAAACAGGCCCUGCCCUAGCUUUUUGAAAUGUGUUGCUGGCAUAAAAUUGAAAAUAAGCAUGAACAUUUUCCAGAAAACAGUAACCUUUUCCAGUUCUAAAACUCAUUAUAUUGAGAUUGCACUAUGUUUCAGAUGAUUUUCAAAACAUUAAAUAAUUUCACACAGGCCUAUACUUUUUAUUUUAAACUGGGGUUGUAAAGGACAUCCAUGAGAGGUUAUGAAGUUUCAUUGUCAUAAACCCAUCAACACACUGUGCUCCAUAGUCUGAAAAUAUGACUAUAAAAAGUGGCCUUUCUCAGAAUGGUAGCUUUAGUGUUUAUGCAGUCAUGCAAAAUGUCAUGUCUUUUAUUUAUGAUUCAGGAUGCUUGGUAAUUAUUAUUAUUAUAUAAAAGGUUACCUCAUUUUUUCUUCAGCUAUCCUUAACUGUCUGUCAUGGUGAAAAUACAUGUUUAUAUAAAAAGGGUUGCAUUCUGUGAUUGGAUAAAAACAUGGACAACACAACUGGUGAUUUUUUUCUAAAAUGCUUUCUGACGCAGCAUUUAAUUCAUAUCUUGCUGAUUCAUUUGUAAAUUUUUGUUUUUAAGGGAAGUUUGCUUUAAAGCUCCUGUGAGGAAUUUUCAACAUGUGACAAUUUUGGCACCCAUGUGGAGGAAGCAGUCUUUGCUUUUAAAUUCUUCUAUGCUAAGGUAGUGUCUUCUGCCAAUAAAUCUAAUUAUUCUGUCUCUUUUGACCUCAGACAUAAUAUACGUAGGCGCCUCGUAGACUUACACUGCCUACUGGAGCAGAGAGGCUGCCAUCUUGGAUGGGUUCCCAUGCGCCCUUAGUGCAUUUAUUUCUAUUGGGGAAUGUAGGAAUGCCCAACUAUAUUAAUUAUAAUUCCCCAAAUUUGACCAGAACUUCACACAUUUUGGUUCGUUACAAGCAGCAGAGAUACAGGAUGCGGUCACACAUUAAAAAUAACCAAAAUUAUUUUUCAAUCUUACUUGUGAAAUAUAAUCCUAUGUUAUCUGGUUUCAAUACUGUGUCAGUUUUUGCAACUCUAGGGUACACAAAAUAUGGGCAUAGUUGUUUGUUCUACGCCAACUCUAUUUGGCUCCAGUGUGAGCCUAGAUUGAGUCUUUGCUUUUGACAGUCAAAUGUAUCAUUCAUUGUAAAUAUUUUAUGUGAAAUUUGUGAAAAAAAAAAUAGGGCUGUUUCUUUGGCUGCUUGGCGAACACCUACCCUCUCACAAAAGUUUCAGGUAUCAAAAAUUACAAUUUAAAAACCUCAAUCAUGUCACCAACACUCUUGUUUGCUUUUUUACAUCACAAAAGGCGUCAAGAUGAGUUUCAGUCUAUUUCAUCAAAGCCAAAACAAUCCUUACAGGAGCUUUGAGCAGUAGUUUGGGUUAACAAGACAAAAUUGGACCGAGUGACUGACAUUUCAGAUGACACUAUGGCUCUUGCAGUUAUCUUCACUAAAGUACGGAAAGAAUCAUGAGAGAAAAUAAAAACACAGUAAUGACACAGGAGUCAUUGAACUUCCUAUAAGUGUGUUUACUCAGACUGACAGGACUCUAGUACCAACCUAAGGAAUCUGGUAUUUUUUUUCAGUAAGCUAAAUGUGUGCUUGACAGAUGCUGUCAAACCUUUUGACAGCAUCUGUCCAUGCCUUGAUUUAAAAACCCAUCACAGGCCAAUACUGCAGUGCCUCCUUCAUUUACAAUAAGACGGAGACAGUCCAUAUUAUUAUGCAGUUAAGAGAUAGACAGUAUGCCCAUGAAAAUGUACAGGGUACUUUAUCAUACAAAACAUGAAAUGAUUUGUGCAUGUCUACAAAGAGUAGGCUUUGCCAUGUACUGUAGCAAUUAUUUUGAAGAGAGGGAAACAAGACUGCAUGUUCUGCACCUGACUUUCACAUGUUGUCCCUUUGUUUGAUGGCUGUGGUUUUCAAAAGCACCCCUGCAAUGUACAUUAAAGAAAUGUUUAUGCAUACAUUUCAUGAAAGAACAUCAAUAAAGUCACAAUCAGAAGACUCUGG